CAAUCACAAUUACUUUCCCAAAAAUCUGGAGAGAAGCAAUCCAAAGUAAUUAGUUGGCGAGAGUGGAAUGCGAUUCCCUCUUAUAUCCCGUGCUCCCGUUCCUUUUCUUUCUGCUACCUUCUUUAAAUUCAAAUCUGCAUUUUCUUGCACUAGGGUUUGUCACAUGGCUGCUUCACCUUCCGACGACGCGGUUCGCAAUGGCGCUUCUUCUGCUUCCUCCGUCAUUGACUUCCUUUCCCUCUGUCAAAGCCUCAAGACAACAAAGAGAACAGGGUGGUUACGAAAAGGUGUUAAGAAUCCAGAAUCUAUUGCUGAUCACAUGUAUCGAAUGGGUUUGAUGGCUUUAAUUGCACCAGAUGUUCCCGGUUUUGACCGAAACAAGUGCAUUAAAUUGGCUAUUGUUCAUGACAUCGCAGAAGCAAUUGUUGGAGACAUAACGCCAAUGGAUGGCGUGUCUAAAAAGGAAAAAACUUAUCUUGAAAAAACAGCAUUAGAUCAAAUGUGUAAAGUACUUGGAGGAGGAUCUGCAGCGACGGAAAUAACUGAGUUGUGGAUGGAGUAUGAAUCAAAUUUUUCUCUAGAAGCUAAAUUCGUCAAGGACCUUGACAAGGUUGAGAUGAUACUCCAAGCUUUGGAAUACGAAGAUGGGCAGGGAAAAAAUUUGGAAGAAUUUUUCCGGUCAACUGCUGGGAAGUUCCAGACUGAAACUGGCAAAGCUUGGGCAUCAGAGAUAGUAUCGAGAAGGAAGAAUCCGUUCUCCAUUACGGAUCGUCCUGUGUAGAUAAGAGGUUGUAUUUGGUUUGUUGCGAGUCUUCUGUUCUUUUGUUCACUUGGCAAGAAAGAUGAGUAAUAGGGGUUCUGCAUAGUAUGACUGCAGACCACCUAAUAAGUUGAAGCUUUUCAUGAAGCAACAAAUGGUUAAUUUCCCUUGGAAAUUUAGUGUCUCAGUAUAAUCAAAUUUGUUCAACUGUCUUUAUGGUUUAGGAAACGAAUAUGCAAUGAAGCCCUUGCGCUUAUAGGGCAGCUACAACUAAAAUAAAAAAGGCUGUUUUUUUUCCUGCAA